GCUCUCAAUGUGGCCUAGUAGCUUUAAACUGGCUUUUACACAAAAAUCACUUUCAAAACUAGAAGAUGUAUUUCAAUCAUUGGCAGAGAUCUGGGGACCUAAUGUUAUCUCUUUAAAAGAAAAGCAAUUAGGAUUGAAUAAAAGAUUGGAAAUCGAGAAAUUUGAUUUGGAAAAAUUAAAAGCUGCCCAAAUAAUCGAAAGCUCACUAGAAGAUGAAUCACAGCUUGAAAAAGCAUUGCAACUCCGAACUUCAGAUUCAGAAAGAAAGAAACGCAAAAUUAAUGAAGUGGCCGAUUUUAAUGAUUCAGAUAUAAAAGAAAUCGAACAACUUCUCGCAAUACCAUCAUUUCAAGAAAGAGUUGACAAAGAACCAUUGAGGGAAUUGUGUGAGAUGCUCAACAAAAAAUCAUCAAAAGAUAAACUUGUAAAUGAAAUGUUUCGAUCUACAAACAAUGCUUUUCGAGAGUUUUGUGAUUAUGGGACAAAAGCCGAUUGUCGAAGACAUCGAAAGACUCCUCAAGCUUGUCGUAGGUUGCAUUUUAAACCCAUGCUUCGUCCCCAUACUGAAUUAGAGCUUGGUGAUUGUUCGUAUCUUAACACAUGUCAUCGUAUGGAUACCUGCAAAUAUGUUCAUUAUGAACUUGACGAAGAUGAAGUUGGAUGGAAGUAUAUUCAACGAAAACCAAUACCUCCGUGUGUACUUCCGCCUCAAUGGAUUAACUGUGAUGUACGAAAAUUUGAUUUUUCUAUCCUUGGAAAAUUUACGGUCAUCAUGGCAGACCCUCCAUGGGAUAUACACAUGACGCUACCAUAUGGAACAAUGACGGAUGACGAAAUGAAAGCUAUGGCCAUAGCUAAUUUACAAGAUGAAGGGCUAAUUUUCUUAUGGGUCACCGGACGAGCUAUGGAAUUAGGUAGAGAGUGUCUUAACAUUUGGGGAUAUGAUAGAGCCGAUGAACUUGUUUGGAUCAAAACUAAUCAACUACAAAGAUUAAUCAGAACUGGACGUACAGGACAUUGGCUCAAUCAUAGUAAAGAACAUUGUCUAGUCGGAAUCAAAGGAAAUCCAGAAGUAUUAAAUUGGGGUUUGGAUUGUGAUGUGCUUGUAGGCGAGGUACGUGAGACAAGUCGGAAGCCAGAUGAAGUCUAUGGCUUGAUUGAUCGCUUAGCUCCUGGCACGCGGAAAUUAGAAAUAUUUGGUCGUCAGCAUAAUACGCGUCCUGGAUGGUUGACUCUCGGUAAUCAGCUAGAAGAUGUAAGGCUUUACGAACCCGAUGUUGUAGCCCGUUACAAUGCCCGCUACCCAGAUAACCCAUGUAAAGAAACACCUCUGCCGCCGGAUUGGUAA